CAAUUCCGACUUUGCUGCUAUCUGGAGCUAUCCCUCGCUUUGUGCAUAAAAACUGCCCACUAUUGCGAUUGUCACCUUUGCUUGGUCUUUUGCUCCUUACUUUGUUUUGUUGUUUUCGCACCCAAACCAAGCCCUCAGAUCCAAGUUUGAACAACGGCAGAGCCAUUGAUCACAUUUGUCUACCCCGACUAAUCUUUGUCAAAUCUGAGCUCCAGUUUCCCCAGGGAAUUUUAAUAGACCUUUAUCCGUCUGAUACACUAGCCCAAUUUCCAGCUAGCCAUAUUCUCUGUUCCGCCCAAAGGACCCUAUACACCUCUCUAUUGAACUAGAAUUAGCCUAUACCCUUACCAUGUUCUCCAGAAGAAAGAGCAGAAACUACUCCCAGGACUCGUAUACCGGAGUCGGGACUGCGCCUCCGGCCAUGGGCCAGGUAAGCCUGAACGCGCUUGCUGCUGCGACUGCCAUUGGCCAAGCCAUGAAAAACAACCAACCCUUGUCCUCCUUGACGCAGCCUGUAGGCCGCACCAACCGCAACUCCUCCAUGACAUCCAAUGCCUCGAACAAGCAGUUCCUUACGAGAUCCUCCUCCUUGAUGCUUUCCAGGCCGCCACGAAUGGACUCCAUUAACAGUGGCUCCUCGAGACAGGGAAUCACGCACUAUGAUAUCGAUGACAGCUACGACAGUGCUAUGCUCGAUGACAUCACCGAGGAGCCCAACAACCGCAAUGCCCGCUUGGCCCCGCCAGCUGUUAUUGGCUCGGCAGCUAGAAAGACCAAGUCCAGGGUUUCGUUCUCAGAUGCCAAUGCGUCUGAGGCUUCAAGGGAUUUGCUCAAUGCUAACCACAAGGUUACCCCGCCGGUCAGAGCUAAUAGCACCAGAAGAGUCACGAGCUCACCGCAGUUACAGAAGCCGGUCCCAAAUGUCGCGGGUCCGAAGAUGAUCAAGAAGUACAUCCCGACGCCGAACGGGCUUGUGUGCGUGGAAGUUCCUGAAGUCGCACCAUCUGCGUAUGAGAGAUCGCACCUUCCGAGAUCUGCUUCGUUGACGUUUAACCCACGAACCCAGCAGAACCACCGGUCGAUGCAGACCCGGAACCUUGUUCCUAACCGCAAUUCCUCAAUCACAUCGAGCCAACGUUCUCUGAUGGCUUUUACCCAUUCGCCACCGGCGUUGAGAAACGGCUCACCCACCCAGCAGCAGCAACAGCUUAUCCGCGACAGGGAGUUUGAAAAAGAAAAACACAGACUCAGAAUGCUUCGCGAGGAGGAGGAACAGAGAUUGUUUGAAGCAGAAAAGCAACGGAGAGUGGCGCAAUUGGAGGAAAUCCAGAGAGAGACUGAACGCGCUCAGCAGGAGUAUGAAAAGAUGGUCCACCAACUUCAUACGACUGAGGAAGCUUCGUCGGAGCAAGGGCUUGUGGCUCCACGGGCGUUGGAAAAUGACGACGAUGCUAGCACCUUGGAAGAGGAAAAGACCUUGCGGGAAGAAACAGAUGCUGCUGGGAGAGCGGUCGCUUUACCGGAGUUCCUCAAGAAGGAUGUUGUGAGCGAUGUCGACGAAGAACCCGCAUCUUUGACUUUUAAGCCGUCUAUUAAUGGUACGGCUGAAACUACGGCAGUUUUGGACUCUAUGGAGGAAAUUCCUCCCGCCCUUGACUCUAAGCCUGCCGAAGCCGCGGUCAAGGAAAUUGACGGUACUGCCAAAGAGAUUGAUGGCGUUGCUUCCGAGGAAGCUAACACGCUUCCUAUUAAUGUUCGUGACUCUAUCACCUCCUCAACGUACGGCACCUUUGACCCUAGUGAUUACACCGAAAGCGAGGAUGACGAAAGGUACAGACGAGUGGUGGCCGAAAUCUUUGACGAUACGAAUCCCGACGAUUUGACCGAUCCGCUCGAUGUGGAAGAGUCACAGUUGUUACAGAACCCUGUUUCUCUGGCCGUCGAGCCAGUGAAGGUACUCGAUUUCAAGGGAAUAGGCCCCGUAAACGGUCUGUCUAUGGCUUCGCAGUUCCGUCCGCAAAUUGCCCAGCAGCAACAGGAGACCCUCCAGCGCACGAUCUCCCCCAGCUUGGUGAUUCCUGCCAGAUCGGAACUCAGAUCGGGCGAGUCUUCCCCUCUGAGGUCCAACCACGGCGGUCAAGAUGGUUCGCCGUACAGAAAGCCAGCGUUGAAGCCAGCGUUAAGAAACUCCCAGGUUUUCGAGACACCUGCACAGAACGCAGCAAAGGAUGCCUACAUUUCGCUUACUACAGCCGAAAACACCCGCAUGAACGCGAACUUGUCUACUGGCAAGCCGUUUGCGAAUCUCAACCCUAACUAUAGUUCUUCGGCCACCAACCUCAGUGUCCACAGCGGUGGAAGACGCGCAAUGCGUCAGUCGGUGCAAGAGCCACCGCUGCUCAGAGGUCCGCCACCAAAGGCUGGCAUGGCUAGCAGAACCAUGAGACCGGUGUCUAUCUCUGCCCCGUUGGUUCAGCCGUCUGGUUCUCCUGGCUACAAGUCCGAAUCCCAAAAGCGUGCUUCUGCGUUGUACGCCAAGGCUAAUAGCAGACCUACCGCCAGGGAGAACGAUGUUCAAUUAGAGCGUAAAUCGUCGUUCGAAAAGUCUGUCGCGUCGAGUAAAGAGUUUAGAAAGUCUUUGAGAGAUCCAAUGGGCCACCAACAACAGCCACAACAACUCAAACAACCGCAACAGGAUCAGCACAGACAGAAGCGAGUGUCGCAAGUGCCGGGUCCGGCUCCGCCGCUCCACCCACAGCAACAGGCCCCUUCAAAGCAAUUUGUGGUGAGCCAGGUGGGUGGUAAUGGCCCGGCCGGUGGUGGCUUUAAGUCCCGUUUUGCGGACUCUGACGACGAAGACGACUUACCAAUGACGAGAAACAGAAGCAGCACCGUUGACUCUGCGGGCGUCAACGGUAAGUACGGUUCUAGCUUUUCUGAUUCGGUAAAGCAGGCAGCUAUCACCAAUGGUUCCUCCACCCAUGGUCGUAGAGCUCCAAACAGAGUCUCCGCAACUGCGCCUACCACUCCGUCGAAAGCUGGAAGGUUUUUCAGCGAAGGCGCUAAUGCCCCCAGAAAGGAGGAAGAGCCAAAGAAGAAGUCUGGCUUCGGGACGAAAUUGAAGAAACUAUUCGGUGCCACCAAGGAUGCGUGAGGACCAUAAAAUUCUAAUAUAAUGUACGAUGGAUAAGAAGCUGAGAGUAGACGGCGUAUAUGCCCG